GAGUACUCGAGUUUGGCUACAAGAUAUGCUGAUGAAGGUAGCCAAACAGUGUGGCUGCCAAAGAAAUCCAGCUGGUGACUAUUCUGGCCUGUCGUCCGAGAUGAUCAACUUCAUUGAUGACACAAAUAAUCUGGUUUUCAAGGAAAUGGAUCAGCUACUAGCAAGACAUGAGGCAAAGCAAAACGAACCUGACUCUGAUUUGGCACAAAGCUGUCUUACAUGGAGGUCCUCAUCAGCAGAAUUGAUCAGGAGACGCCCUAAAUCAGUAGAGAGUAAAGACUUGCACCUGACGAUGCGGCGAGGAUCAGCAUUUCAGUUAACAACAAAUGAUGGGGACAAUCUGGAUUCCAAGCUGAUUCUUCCACCACUGAGCAGUAUGCAGAGUGAAAUACUUGGAGGUUCAAUCUGUGCCAUCCUUCAAGCAGAUUGUGAACAAAUGCCUAUUAUUUGUGAACGGCUGAGGGGAAAGUUGCUUCCGACAACAUUGAGAAGGUCCAUCUGGCUGGAUAAGCUGCUGAAAGUGAAGAAACAAAAUCACAUUAAUACUUCAGGAUAUGUUGAGAAAACUAUUAGAGAGCGGUUUGGACGGGUAGUUGCACGCAGGGUAUCCGAAUUGAAACUGAGAAGUGCAACACGAUCUCCUAUUUCAGGACUGGUGGAAAAUGCUGUGGUUGAGAAAUUUGAGAAGACACCCUGCAUGCAGCCGUUUGCCACAAAUGAGCAGAUGAUUCUGGAGGCCAGUAAAGCACUCAAUAUACUGUAUGUUUAUGAUGGAACAUAUGAACCCUACCUAAUCUACUGGCUCUUUCCUCUCCAGAUUGCUUUCAAACAGGCAUCAGCAAAGGCUGAACAUCCAUAUGAACUGGCCAUGUACCUGCAUCUGCUCAUUUGCAAUCUGUUCCCAAGUUGGCCUGAAAUUUUUGGAAUGGCAGAACAAGUCAUGAAUCGUCUCAAAAAAGAAGACCCAGAAAUCUUCACACACCUUCUUUCUUGUUUCAUGAAAAACACCCUAAUUGAGCCCAAGGAAUUUGUAUUGGAGCAGAUUGCUCGGGAGAAGGCACAAGCUGAGGGAUUGCAUAAUAUUAAGCUUGGCUCUGAAGAAUUACCUCACACUGGCAAAGAAUUGUUGAGAAAUCCAAUACUUGGCCUCAGGAAAUGGAUGGGAGAGGGUUUUGUCAGCAUCUUGCAUCUGCCAGCAGUGUUGUUGAUCUGGGACCAGCUGUUCAUGCAAGACUGGAAGCUUCAGGUGAUGGAGGAUUUCUGCCUGGCCAUCCUCAUGCUACUGAAGGAGUGUUUAAUGGUGGCCAGUGAUCAUCAAAGUUUGAAAAAGGUAUUCUUUGUUCAUGCCAGCCACCUAUACACGUUAGAUAUUCAAAGAUCUUGGAUUCAUUUGCAACAAGGUGGCCUACCAACUGAUAUCCCUGGAUUGAACCAACAAAAAUUGAGUCUACCUGAUAUAUUUUUGCCGAAGGCUGGGUCGUGUUUAGUGAUGCAAAAGGAGAAAAGGUACUGCUGUAUUCAAAAUGAUUCUAAUAUCCUAAAGAAGAAAGGUAUCAUCAAUGACACAAAUCUUAAAAGCACUGUUGGUGAGAUCCUUCCUUUUGGACUAAAGAAUAUUUCAGUGAAACUAAUUUUGUUGAAAUCCAUGUCAGAGGUGUGGUGGAAGGACUUUAAUCCCCUUGAUGUGAAGUUAAAUGUUUCUGUAUUCUAUGGCAACUUGAUGUUGCACUCAAAGACCUCUCUUUGUAAACCAACUCUCCUGAAUAUGAAUGAAGAACGAACACCCAAGGAGACAACAAUGAGUGAAAUUGUUCUCAACUUUGAAGAAAAAUUUGAGUUUGAGCUACUGGAUACAUCAAAAUUCAAAAUCACGGAUCCAACUGAGGACCAGCCAUUUCUGAUUAUCAGACUGCUGUAUUCUCCUAAUGUGAAAGGUACUUGCAUGAAGCGAUACGAUUAA